GAGUAACCCAAUGGCUGUUUCUGUCUGACUGUAUUACAGGUCUGUCAAGUCUGCUUGCCUCGGGCUGUGCAAUCUGCUGUUUCUCGAAGAGACAAGGGAGUUCCGAAAGAUAAAGACAAAGGUAUUCACGUGCGUCUGUGACAAGGAAACGCAGGCGGCGGCAAGCGGGCGAUAAACAGCCUCGGCAUUUUGGGUAGGACGACAAAUCGUCACUUCCUCGACAAAACUCUGGGGUCGUUAUUCUCAGACAAAGGACAAAUCUAGACGAGAUUCUGGUGAAAUGGCGACGCCAUCGCCGCCGAAACCGUGGGAAAGAGGACGCGCUGCCUCGUCGUCGGCAUUAACUUCAUCCGCCGCCAUCCCCUCAUCAGCGACCGCGCCCGCCAUCCCUUCAUCAUCGAACAUCCCUGGUUCCGCCGCGACUCCCGCACUACCAUCGCGACCGGAAUCCCUCAACUCUGUCGUCGACCGCACCGCCUCCAACUUCUCCGGCAACCAGCCAUACCAAUCUUCGCCGUACGGUUACGGCGGCGGCGCAAUGACUUCACCUUACUCGCGCUAUGGAUCUGGCUAUGGCGGAGGCAUGUACGGAGGUGGCAUGUAUGGAGGAGGAGGCAUGUACGGUGGAAGUCCAUAUGGUGGUAUGGGUGGUAUGGGAGGCAUGGGCGGCAUGGGUGGCAUGUACGGCGGCAUGGGAGGCCCCAUGGGCGGUCCCAAUGGCCAGAGUCUGACCCAGACCUUCAGUCAGAGCACACAAACCACCUUCCAGCUCAUCGAGAGCAUUGUCGGGGCUUUUGGUGGAUUCGCUCAGAUGCUUGAGAGCACAUAUAUGGCUACACAUUCGAGUUUCUUCGCAAUGGUUUCUGUGGCCGAGCAAUUCGGCAACUUACGGCAAACUCUUGGUCAAGUUUUAGGCAUCUUCACCAUCAUCCGUUGGAUACGCACAGCCAUGGCCAAAUUGACAGGCCGUCCACUCCCUGCAAAUAGCACCGACCUCACACCAGCCAACUUCGCAAACUUCAAUGGCCGCCUCCCUGAUGGCUCUCCUGCUCCUCCUCGCGCCAGCAAGAAGCCUUUUGUCAUGUUCAUUCUUGCCGUAUUCGGUCUGCCCUACCUUAUGGGCAAGCUGAUCCGCGCCCUGGCUCGCAGCCAAGAAGAGGAAGAGCAACGACGUCUUCAAGCCGAGGGUCCCCAACAACCGCUCGACCCAUCCAAGCUCGACUUCUGCCGCGUCCUUUACGACUUCAACCCCGAAGCAAACUCAAACGCUGUACAAGGCGUCGACCUCGCCGUCGCUAAAGGCGAUCUUGUUGCCGUGUUGAGCAAGACUGACCCCCUCGGCAACCCUUCAGAAUGGUGGCAAUGCCGUGCUCGUGAUGGUCGCAAGGGCUACCUCCCUGCUCCCUAUCUCGAGACUAUCCAACGCCGUCCUCAAGGACAGAUCACCAACGGAGCCAGCCCUGCUGGAAGCCGUGCUCAGACCAUGAACACGACCAGCAGCGACAGCCGUUCCAACACCAUGGUUGACAGAGAAAAGGAGCUCGUCAAAUCCGCUCCCCGCGAACUGCCUCCCAACAUUCAAGGUAAAGCUGGCGAUCUUGGCGUAGAGAGUUUCCAAAAGGGUCAAUUCUACUCAUAAGAUAUUUGACUCUGAUCUCGCUUAUCAUUGCGAUAUGAUUCUGAAGCGGGCGUUUAUGUUAAUGACACUAAAGAGGAUGGAACGCCGUCUUUUUGGAAAAAGAUGGCACCUCGAAACUUCGGCAUGCAAAUGGGUUAUGUUUCUCUACUAUAUACUUUUUCUUCUUACGAAACGAACAUCACUUUUUCCAUUUACCUCAGCAUAGAGCUCAUGUUUUUCGUAGAUUGUGGAUGCAGGGAAGUUACGAUGUGGGCCCGAAGCUCGGUUUUUGUUCGACAAAUAUGAUCCUGUUUUCUGGUCACAGGAAGGUGCAACUAAUCUAGACCAUCUGCUUCAUGGGUGGAAAUCUUUUUUGUAGCC